GUAUGUUUGUAUGUUGGAGUAUGUUCAUUUUUUUUUCGUGAACAAAAUACACUUUUUUUAAAAAAACAAAAUCAUUUGCCAAAAAUAAAACAGUUAAAACCACAUUUUUGUUAGGUGUUGUCAUAAACAUCGAAUUACAUCAAAUUUCUUGAAAAGGCGGAUACUUUUUUUAAUUUACAUUGGCAUGCGCUACGGAUAAUGAUAAUUUUUUUCACUGUAUAUCAAUGGAUAAAUUUGUCAACGAAGUUUUAUUUUUUGCUAAAGAUUUACGAAACAAAGUUCUAUCAACAAUACCGUUAACAAUGUCAUCACGUUCACCACAUAACAUAAUCGAUCCAACUUCAUUUUCAUCGGUUGUACGAAAUCCUAGUCUACCGGUUUGUUGUUCAAUUCCUAAUGGUAGUUUGGAACUUGGAACUUUGAUUUCAAUCUAUGCUACCAUAACAUCGAAUGGUCGUAAAUUUCGGGUCGAUUUUUUCGAAGGAAAAUGUCCACACAUUCAUGGUGAUGGUGUAAGAUGCGAUGCAGUUAGUGAUGAUAACAAUAUUGCAUUUCAUUUUAAUCCUCGAAUUGGUGGUGGUGCCGAAGGUCGUGAUGUGGUCGUAAUGAAUUCAUUCUGCAAUGGUCAAUGGGGUUCGGAAGAACGUUUUCCAGAAUCUUUCCCAUUUCAAGCCGAUGCACCGUUUCGAAUGAUGAUUUUAGUCGAAUCGGAUGGAUUUAAAGUUGCUGUCGAUGGAAGGCAUUCAUAUGAAUUUAAACAUCGAUGCGAUUUUCGUGAUAUUGCUCGAAUGCACAUUGAAGGAGAUCUCAUAUUGGAUUUGAUCGAAUUUCGUAAAGAACUUCGUUAUCUUGCUCGAACAGAAUCAACAUCAUCAUCAUUGACAGUUGAUUCAACAACAUCAACCGAAGAGGCUACUGGACCAACAGCUCCUAUUGGUGGUGACAUACCAUCAUCAAAUGAACAAUCGAAAUCUGUAACAUCUCCCACAAUUCCUUACAUGGAAUUCGAUCCAAAUCUAUCGCGACCAUGUGAUAUUUAUAUUGCAGGAAUGUUACCCGCAAAUAUACGGGAUAAUUUCACCAUCAAUUUGGCAAAUAGUGUUGAAGCUGAACAAAGUGACGCCGGAAUUGUUAACAUACCGGUUCACAUUAGCAUUCGAGCAGAUAUUCAAGCUAUUGUCCGUAAUACAAUGACAAAUGGUGUAUGGGGUGAAGAAGAACUUUAUCUUGAGGGACCUUUUCAAUUGAUACCUGGAACACAUUUUGAUUUAAUGAUCAGUAAUCGUGAAGAUAAAGUAGUUAUGGCUAUUAAUGGACAACCAGCAUUUGAAUAUAAACAUCGACAUGAUCCGAAAACAAUCGAUUCAUUACAGAUUAAAGGUGGUGUUGUUUUAGUUUCGAUUCGUUAUGAAUUCAAAUGAAUAAGAAAACUAUGAAUGGAUGAAAUGUUUUUUUUUUGGUUUAAUUUUAAUCAUCGAC